ACUCUUCAUGUCGGAGACGAGUUGAGAGAAAUUAAUUCUGAGCCGGUAGCAGGACAGUCAAUUGAAUAUCUACAAAGAGUUUUGCGCGAAGCUCGUGGAAGCGUCAGUUUAAAGAUUGUUCCUAGCUACCGUAACAACCCUAUACAAUGUGAAAUAUAUGUCCGAGCAAUGUUCGACUAUAAACCUGAUGUCGAUGAUUUGAUUCCUUGUUCUCAGGCCGGCGUACGUUUUCAUAUUGGUGAUAUUCUGCAGAUUAUCAGCAAAGACGAUCAUAACUGGUGGCAGGUAUGCAAGGAGGAUAACUGA